GUGGAUCCCACGUGCUCUGCAAUUUCAACUAUAAGUACCGACCCCCCACUCUUCGAUCCCUCCCUGUUCUCCUCCCUUCCUCCCUCCCUCCGGUUCACUCUAAAGAAGUUGCUCAAAAUUAGUGAACCAUGUUUUUCUCCGAAGAAGAAGCGGUCCAGUGUUCGGUUUUCGAAUCCGGUCUGACGGUCGAGGAGCUCUUGUCGUUGCUCGAACCGGGGAACUCCAACAACAGCCAGAACUCCGGUUCGGAUGGCUCGAGCCGGGCGGUCUACUCGGUCGUCGAGAGGAAGCACCGUCGCAUGAUAUCGAACCGGGAGUCGGCCCGGCGGUCCCGCUGGAGAAAGAAGAGGCAUCUAGAAGACCUGACGGACCAGCUGAACCGGUUGAAGCAAGAGAACCGGGAGCUCAAGAACCGGCUGGGCCUACUAACCCACAGGUGCCACGUGGCGUGUAGAGAAAAUGACCUUUUGAGUGCCGAAUUCUUGGCCCUAAGUUCCAGACUUUCGGAUCUGUGCCGGAUUUUGGUUGCCAUGCAAUCACAACAAUAAUUAAUCCCAUGCAUGCACGUACACACCAAUCGUUAACCCUAAUGGUCGACGAUCAUCUUAUAAACUAAAUUAUUAGGCUCUAAUAAAGCUCUAACUAGGGCAAUUUGAGCUCAUACUCUCUCUUUUUAAUCUAGCACUAACAGCACUGAGACUGGGGCCUGUUGUGCUGCAGGCGCUGAAACCGAUGUUUGUUUUAUUAGAUUGUGAGCCCUGGCAAAAAGUUGGUGCUCUUAAGAAGAGAGAACCCCACGUUGCCAUGUAAAAGAUUUGGAGAGUGUUUUGCCUCUUUGCUUUUUGGUCACGUUGGAGACGGCCUUUUUUAGCAGCUUUGUGAACGUGUUUUGCUGCUGAACAAGUUAGGCCCCACUGAUCAUACGUAUUUAGAGAGAGAGAGAGAGAGA